CUUGCUCUCCUCGUGUGUUUGCUGCUAGCGUGCAGGUCAGUCAGGAGUUUCAAAUACUCUCUUUCCUGCACAGACACUGCCGGCUCCAAGCCACAAGAUGAAAGAGACAAUAAUGAACCAGGAGAAAUUAGCCAAACUGCAGGCGCAAGUCCGCAUUGGUGGAAAGGGCACUGCACGCAGAAAGAAGAAGGUUGUGCACAGAACUGCUACUGCAGAUGACAAGAAACUUCAGUUCUCUCUGAAAAAGUUGGGCGUUAAUAACAUUUCCGGCAUUGAGGAGGUGAACAUGUUCACAAACCAAGGAACAGUGAUCCACUUCAACAACCCAAAAGUCCAGGCAUCGCUGGCAGCCAACACCUUUACUAUCACAGGUCACGCUGAGACCAAGCAGCUAACGGAGAUGCUGCCAUCUAUUCUUAACCAGCUCGGCGCAGACAGCUUGACCAGUCUGCGAAAGCUUGCCGAGGCUCUGCCCAAACAAGCUGGAGAUGGCAAGGCACCAGUGGCAGGAGGAGAGGAAGAUGAUGACGAAGUUCCAGAUCUUGUGGAAAAUUUUGAUGAGGCUUCAAAGGAUGAGUCUAACUAGGAGAAACAGACCAAUCGAAUUUCUCAGCUCAGUUUGGUCAUGUGGGAAUUCCUGAACCUUAUUGUGCAGUUUUCCCCUUUUCUUUUAUAAAUAUCACAACCGUUUGUUUUUUGUGCACUGCUGUUUCCUUUGUGUCCAGGCUAAGUGUAAGAUUGUGUUUGACCGCACAAAGAUGUGGAACUCACGGGGCCUUCCCCACCAGGUGUCCCGCCUAUCUCCCUGUUACUGAGACUCUCCUUUGUGGCCUAGCUAAAGCCAAAAUCUGGAAAUAAACAUUUGGUAUUCAUAAACAUAAA